AUGAUUAUUCCAAUAAGAUGCUUUACUUGCGGGAAGGAAAUCUCCAGCAAAUGGGAGCCGUAUCUAGAACUUCUAAGGACCAGCGGGAGAGAAGCCGAGGCACUUGACGAACUAGGGAUGAAAAGAAUAUGCUGCAGAAGGAUGUUUCUGGGGCAUGUGGACAUUGUGGACAAACUCUUGAAGUUUGAUAUUGUCAAGGAUUUCACCCAGAAAAGUUAG